AACUGUUCAAUUUACAAUAAUAUAUGGCAUAAAAUAUUUUUUAUUAUCAUUAAUUAUGUAGUUUUCAAGUAACAGUUCACAUUUGGAUAUAUAUUUUUGGUAAAUUUGCCAAUCAGUCCUCCUGCUAAGCAAAAAAUAUGGCUAAUAACUUAGAGGAACUGAAGAUAAUGGCCGAGCAGGAUCCACAAGCGGGAGACACGGGCCCACCCAAAGGCAUCCCCGCACUGAAAGCUCAUGUGAUCGCAAACAAAGUGGAUGUAGCACUAUGGGGCAUUCGGGUUCUCACAGUAUUGUGCACUAUAGGAUAUAUCAUACCCAUUUUUAACAAUCCAGUGUCAGCGUUCUACAAGGCGCUACUGGCGAACGCGGCGACCUCAGCCCUGCGCCUGCACCAGCGGAUCCCGGCGCGAGAGAUCUCCGUCUCCCGGGAGUUCCUCACGAGGUUCUUCCUCGAGGACAGCGCGCACUACCUCUUCUAUUCGCUCAUAUUCAUGAACGUUGCGCCCAACUUGUUGAUUUUGACUCCAAUAUUCUUGUUCGCUCUUCUACAUGCUGCGUCCUACUCGCUCACCAUACUUGAUACGCUGGGCCAGAACUCGAUGUGGGUGGCGCGGCUGCUGAUCUCGCUGGUGGAGUUCCAGUCGCGCAACAUCCUGCGCGCCGCCGCGCUCGCGGAGAUCAUACUCUUCCCGGUCGUCGUGCUCAUGGCCUUGAGCGGCUACUGCGGCCUACUGACGCCGUUCGUGUACUACUACUUCGUGACGUGGCGCUACGCGUCGCGCCGCAACCCGUACACGCGCAACACGUGCCGCGAGCUGCGCGCGCUGGCGGAGCGUGCGGCGGCGCGGCCCGCGCUGCCCGCGGCGCUGCGCGGCGCGCUGCUGGCUGCUGUGCGCCUCGUCUGCCGCAUGGCGCCGCCGCUGGAGGAAGUGCGACAAUAACGGCCGCAAAGCGACAUCUGCCGGGGAGCUCGCGAGUCGCUGCAACACUGUCCAAACGGAUCGCUCAUUUAUAUCAAAUUUUAAACGCGAACGCACACAUUUAAUACUUUUAACAACGACAAAAUUUUAUUCAUUUACAAACGCCAAAUUUUCAGUAUUUAUGAAUACAAAAAGUAUCAAGCGUGUGCGAUCCAAUGAAAAGAUCAUUAUUGAUAAGUGUUUUGUGACAGCAAUAUGAAUCUUCAAUUCCCCAAAUAUAUUUUAUAAAUCAUUAUCGUGUUGUAUUAAAACGAAUUCUGCAAUUUCCCACACUUAUUCGUUCCUUCACUGCGUCGCAAUUUUCUAUUAAGAACAAACUUAUAUUGUUAUCUGUACGAACUGACACAAGUUACCUUGCAUUUCUUUUAUUUCGGUUGUAUUAUACGGUAUAAGAAUGGUAUUAUACUAAGUUAAAAGUUUAUUUAAUAUAAAUGGUCCAAUUUAUUUUUAAGGAAUAAAGAUUUUAAGUUAGACUAAGCGAAUCCUAAGGUAUGCAAAACGAGGUCACAGUCAGCAGCAUUAGGUAGUCCCACUGCAGAUUUGCAUAACUAAUAGUCCGGUAUUUACGUAAAUAAACUGACAAGUAUGUUUUGUACCGAUUUAAAUAAUUACAUAUUAGACAAGAGGUAUCUCCCUGUAGGGUUCGGGAUUCUAAAGGAAAAAAUGAACCCUUAUUUUCUACUUUUAUAAGACAUCCAGCAUAGACUGGUUCACGCGGUAAAAUAUUAACGAACUAUAUUUUUGAAGAUCGUAUUAUUCAAAAAUAUUUUUUUGUAUAUUACAACUACGUCCCAAAAAUGACAAAUUUCAAUCGGAAAGAACUACAUGAUCAGCAGUGGGAAUUGUGCAUAUUAUUUUAGUUGAUUUCAAGGAAAUUUUUGUUGUUUGUAAAUCAUGAAGAACAUCGACAUGAGUAUAUUUUUUAAAUAUGUAACAAAGUACAUAGAAUUCACAAUGUAACGCUGACACUUUGUAUUUAGUUAAAUAACGAUGCACUUGGUUUGGGGUGAUUGUAGUCAUGUUUUUUAAAAUAAAAUGUUGAAAAUA